AUGAGAGAAAUGCUUGGCCCAAGUGGUGCUGCCGUGGACCCCAUCCAAGCCUUCCGAUCGCAUUGGAAUUUGGAUGGAACGCAAGAAGUCCGUUUGCGCCUUCUGUGUCACAAGGAUGUGCGCUAUGUGAUGCGUCAUUAUGAUGGCACACGACCGCUGGAACAGGUCAUGGAGGAAGCAAAGCCUAAAGCAGCACUGAAAGGUUUGGCUGAGGGUGCUGCGCCGAGCUUUCCUUCCGGUUCAAAGGCGAUUGGCCGCUACUACCGUCUUGAGAUCAUCGAUCCCACCACGGAUGCCGUGGUCUUUGGAGAUGCCAACUUAUCAUUCGCCUUAAACCUGGCGAGGCACCGAAAAGCUCUGGGACACGUGGGGCGCAUCAUUGCAACAACCUUCGAAAACCUGGAGCAGCUCGGUGGAAGACUAUCAUUGGUGAACGGAGAGCUGAGCGAGAGCCAGUUGGAGCUUUAA